CACACACGGGACCCGCACUGACGGACCGACCCAACAGAAUAGGACCCCGCACAGACUGCACAGAAAACACAGAAUAACACAGUAGAAUGUCUCCUGUCCACUGCUGCUAGAGUCUGCUCUGGAACGGGACAGGAAGGAGAACUUUACUUCAUCCUAACAAAGCGGAUGGAAAUCAUUUGGGAAUACAGCUUCCUCUCCUCCGCCACUGUGGUACCCUGAAAGCAGACUACAAAAACAACACAACUCGGGGCUCCGCUCACCAUGGACACUUUCUUUUCAGAGGGGGCCCGAGUCUGGCUGAGACACAAAGAGCAGCUCCUCCCCUCCACCGUCAGCUCUUGUGAUGAUUCAGCCCUGGUCCUUACCACCGACUACGGGAAGGUGAUCUACCUGCAGAAGGCGGAGCUAAGCAGAGAGAUGGUGUACGCGAUGCACCCCAGCAGCGUCCACGGAGUAGAAGACAUGUCCACACUGGCCGAGCUGCACGAAGCUGCCAUCAUGCACAAUCUCUUCCUGCGCUACCAGCAAAACAAUAUCUAUACCAACAUUGGUUCAAUCCUGGCUGCUGUAAAUCCCUAUAAGCAGAUAACAGGCCUGUACGACUGCACUGCAGUUGAUUUGUACAGUAAACACCAGAUGGGGGAGCUGCCUCCUCAUAUCUUCGCUGUGGCCAAUGAGUGUUAUCGCUGCCUGUGGAAGAGGCAUGACAGCCAGUGUGUUCUCAUCAGUGGAGAAAGUGGUGCUGGGAAGACAGAGAGUACCAAGCUCCUGCUGAAGUUCCUCUCAGUGAUGAGUCAGUACUCGGUGGGUACGCCUCCGUCAGAGAAAACCACUCGGGUGGAGCAGGCGCUGGUCCAGAGCAGUCCCAUCAUGGAAGCAUUUGGAAACGCUAAGACUGUGUACAAUAAUAACUCCAGUCGCUUUGGGAAAUUCAUCCAACUUCACUUUUCCCAGAAUGGAAACAUCCAGGGAGGCUGCAUCAUCGACUAUUUGCUGGAAAAGAACCGUGUUGUUCGACAGAAUCCAGGGGAGAGAAACUACCACAUCUUCUAUUCUUUAUUAGCGGGGGCUGAUAAAGACCACAGAGACAUGUACCUCCUGUCUGAGGGUCCUGAGUCCUAUCACUAUCUGAGUCAGGCCGGUUGUGUUCAGGACAGCAGUCUGGACGACAAGCAGCUGUUUGACAGUGUCAUGGAAGCCCUCAAAGUGAUGGAGUUCACUGAGGAGGAGAUCAGAGACGUGUUCAAGUUGCUUUCUGCUGUCCUCCAGAUGGGCAACAUUGAAUUCAUGACUGCCGGGGGAGCUCAAAUCACUUCAAAAGGAGUGGUUAGCAAUGUCAGCGAGCUGCUCGGCCUGGAUUCUUUCCAGCUGUCAGAGGUUUUGACCCAGCGGUCCAUGAUACUCAGAGGAGAGGAGAUCUGCUCACCGCUGACUGUAGAGCAGGCCGUCGACUCCCGGGACUCGGUUGCCAUGGCACUUUAUUCCCAGUGUUUCUCCUGGAUCAUAAUGAGGAUCAACCAGAAGAUUAAAGGGAAGGAGAACUUCAAGUCAAUCGGCAUCCUGGACAUCUUUGGGUUUGAAAACUUUGAGGUGAACCGGUUUGAACAGUUUAAUAUCAACUACGCCAAUGAGAAACUCCAGGAGUAUUUCAACAAGCACAUCUUCUCUCUGGAGCAGCUUGAGUACAACAGGGAGGGGAUCCAAUGGGAGGCCAUAGACUGGAUGGAUAAUGCAGAGUGUCUGGAUCUCAUAGAAAAGAAACUGGGCAUGUUGGCUCUUAUCAAUGAAGAGAGUCGCUUCCCCAAAGGCACAGACUACACCCUUUUAGAGAAACUGCACAGCCGGCACGCAACUAACCCAUACUAUGUGAAGCCCAGAGUCACUGACCACCAGUUUGGCAUCAAGCACUACGCCGGAGAGGUGCUCUAUGACGUCCGUGGGAUUCUGGAGAAGAACAGAGACACCUUCCGAGACGACAUAUUGUUCAUUCUCAAAGACAGCAGACUGGACUUCAUCUAUGACCUCUUCGAACGUGUCGGCAGCAGAAAUGGAGAUGAGACUCUAAAGAUGGGCACGGCCCGACGCAAACCGACCGUCAGCUCUCAGUUCAGGGAUUCUCUCCACUCCCUGAUGGCUACACUAAGUGCCUCCAAUCCUUUUUUUGUACGCUGCAUCAAACCAAACAUGGACAAGAAAGCAAACCAGUUUGAUCCUGAUGUGGUUCUGAACCAGUUGAGAUACUCUGGGAUGUUGGAAACUGUGAAAAUCCGAAGGGCUGGAUUCCCUGUUCGCAGAACCUUCAGUGACUUCCACAGCAGGUACAAGAUGAUCCUGAGGAACAAGACCCACCCAGAUGAUGAGAAACAGAGUUGUUUAGAUCUUCUCACACUUCAUGACCAAUCCAGAAAAGAGUUUCAGCUUGGAAAAACAAAGGUGUUCUUGAAGGAGGCCCUGGAGCAAAGGCUGGAGAAGGAGAGGGAAGAGGUGCGGCGCAGGGCUGGCAUGGUGAUCCGCGCCCACAUCCUCAGCUAUGUGGCAAGGAAACAAUAUAAGAGGGUUUUGUCCAGCGUCGUCACCAUCCAGAAGAACUACCGCGCUCACUUUUGGAGACGCGUCUUCUUGCGCCUACGCUUCGCCACCAUCAUCCUGCAGAAACAUCAGAGAGGCAGGCAGGCCCGAUCCCUGUAUCACCAGCUCAAGGAGGAGAAACAGAAGCGAGAAGAAGAGGAAAAGAGGAGGAGAGAAGAGGAGGAGAGGAGGCGAUUAGAGGAGGAGGAGGAGAGGAGGAGACUGGAGGAGGAGAGGAGGCUACAGGAGGAGGAGGAGGAGAGGAGAAGGAGAGAAGAGGAAGAGGAGAAGCAGAGGCUGAUGGAGGAGGAGCUAGAGAGGAGGAAGGAGGAGGAGCUGAGACUGAUGAAGGAGAAAGAGGAGGAGCAGAGGAUGGCAACCAAACAGGACAGCAAAAGGAACUCACUGGUGCUCAAUGGUGCUUGUCAGAAGAAGGAGCUGUCCCAGACUCUGUCCUACAGUCACACCUCAGAGGAAGAAAGCCGUCAGAUGGAGGAGAUCCUGCGGUUGGAGAGGGAGAUUGAGCGUUUACAGAAACAGCAGGAAGACGGCGUUUCCCUUCUUGGAGACGUUUCCCGCGAGGAGCUUCGACAGAUGAGGGACGCCGAGAUUUACAGACUGGAGAAAGAGGCUUCCCGUGUGGCCACUGAGUUCCUGGAGCUGCUGGACUUUGGUGGUUUAGAGCCGUCCCUGUCUAGUGAGGAAAACCUCCAUGACCCGACUGAAUCUACUGCUCCUCUGGCUGAGGAGGAGGUAGACGAGGGUUUCCAUGCUGAGGAUGAAUGCAUUCCUUUGCCUGACUUCCCUCCUCCAGCUGCAGUUCCUCUGGAUACGGAAGUAUUCCAAAGUGUCCCCCCUCCUCCACCUGCUUUUGCAGAAGGACAAGUGGUCGCUCCAUCCCUGGCCUCCUCCCCUGCACAAGCAAAACUCCCCCCAGUUACUCCCAACGGACUGAAUCACACCCCUAUUCUCGCAGCCACCCACAGCUCGGGCCUCCCUCCUCCUGAGGUCACGAAUGGAGACCGGCGCUCGUAUCCAAAAGCCAGCAGGGGGUCGGACUUUGAGCCGGUGUGCGAGGAGCCGUCCCAGUCCAACCUGCCGGACACAGAGUCGGAUUAUGACCAGGAGGAGUUCGAGGAGGCUCAUGGGAGCUCAGGUGCUAGCACUAAUGAUGGGCAUAUCACAGAUGAGGAGGUGUUACGGAAAUCCUCCUGCACCCAAAACAGCCUGGACUCCUUCAGAGGCAGCUCAGACUCGUUCAUUGACAGCGAUGAGGACAACGAUGGCUAUGUGGACACAGAUGAGGAAGUUUCUAAUGGGAGAGUGAAUCUUCUGAAUGGCACUGGGCCUCCCUACUUCCAUGGCUACCUCUACAUGAAGAGUGGUCUGAUGAUCCCUUGGCGGCGGCGCUGGUGCGUGCUAAAGGACGAGACCUUUAUGUGGUUCCGGGCAAAACAGGACUCCCUCAAAUCUGGCUGGCUCUACAAGAAAGGAGGAGGAAUGUCCACCUUGUCUCGACGCAACUGGAAGAUGCGCUGGUUUGUUUUGCGGGAGUCAAAGCUCAUGUACUUUGAGAAUGACAGCGAGGAGAAGCUGAAGGGAACUAUUGACAUCCGCACAGCCAGGGAGAUCGUGGACAAUCAUGAAAAAGAAAAUGCACUGAAUAUUGUGACUGAGGAGAGGACUUACCACAUCUAUGCUGAGUCCCCUGAGGAUGCAAGCGGUUGGUUCAAUGUGCUGAGUCGGGUCCACAGCGCCAGCCCGGAGCAGCUCAUGGAGAUGCACCAUGAACAGGCCAACCCAAAGAAUGCAGUGGGCACUCUAGAUGUGGGUUUGAUUGAUUCAGUUUGUGCAUCAGACAACCCUGACAGACCAAACUCAUUUGUGAUCAUCACUGCAAACCGGGUGAUCCACUGCAACACGGACACACCUGAGGAGAUGCACCACUGGAUCGGCCUACUGCAGAAAUCCAAAGGAGACUCCAGAGUUGACGGCCAGGAGUUUCUAGUCAGAGGCUGGCUGCAUAAAGAGAUGAAGUCUGGAGCUAAAAGCACCUCUCUAAAACUGAAGAAGCGCUGGUUUGUUCUCACCAGUAACUCCUUGGACUAUUACAAAUCAUCAGAACGCAGCGCCUCCAAGUUGGGAACUCUGGUUCUCAACAGCCUCUGCUCGGUGGUGCAGCCAGAUGAGAAAGUCUUCAAGGACACCGGCUACUGGAAUAUAAUCGUCCAUGGGCGUAAACAUUCUUACCGCCUCUACACCAAAAUGCUGAAUGAAGCCAUGCGGUGGGCGAAUGCCAUUCAGGGAGCCAUAGACAGCAAAGUUCCCAUUGAAACACCAACUCAACAACUCAUCAGGGACAUUAAGGAGAGCAGUCUGAAUGUGGAGGCUGUGGAGCAGACAUACUGGAGGAACCCCAUCCUGAGAUAUACCCAGCAUCCUUUGCACUCCCCUCUUCUACCUCUGCCAUAUGGAGAUGUCAGCAUCCACUUGCAAAAGGAAAAGGGUUAUACCAGCCUGCAAGAUGAAGCCGUGAAGAUUUUCAACUCACUGCAGGAAAUGGAAGCAGUGUCAGAUCCUGUGCCAAUCAUCCAGGGAAUCCUGCAGACCUGUCAGGACCUGAGGUCACUAAGAGAUGAGGUCUACUGUCAGCUGAUCAAACAAACCAAUCACGUCCCUCACCCCAACAGUCCUGCCAAUCGCGCUCACUGGCAUCUCCUGACCUGUAUGAGCUGCACCUUCCUGCCGAGCCGAGGCAUCCUACGCUACCUCAAGUUUCACCUCAAAAGGAUUAAGGAGCUGUUCCCUGGUACAGAGAUCGAAUUGUUCGCCCAUUUCAUUGGUGAGUCUCUGAAGAAGACCAAAACCAGGGAGUUUGUUCCCUCCCAAGAGGAAAUCAUGGCACUGCUUACCAGACAAGAAAUGACCACCACAGUCUACUGCCACGGAGGAGGCUCCUGCAAGAUCUCCAUUAACUCACACACCACUGCUGGAGAGGUGGUGGAGAAGCUGAUCCGAGGUCUGGCCAUGGAGGACAGCAGGAACAUGUUCGCCCUGUUCGAACACAACAACUCCAUAGACAGAGCAGUGGAGAGCAGGGUGCUUGUGGCCGAUGUUCUGGCUAAAUUUGAACGACUGGCUGGCAGUGAAGAAGCAGAGGAGGAUGGCCAGUGGAAACUCUACUUCAAACUCUACUGCUUCCUGGAUGUGGAAAGCAUGCCAAAAGAAGGAGUGGAGUUUGCAUUCAUGUUUGAGCAGGCUCAUGAGAGUUUGACCCGAGGACACUUCCCUGCCCGUGAGGAGACCCUGCAGCAUCUGGCCGCUCUACGCCUGCAGUUCCUAUAUGGAGACAAAGCACGGGUCACCUGGAGUCUGGAAAACGUCUACCCCGUGGGCCGCCUGCGCACUCGAAUCCUCCAGUUUACCAAGGUGGGCGGAGCCUCGGGGUCAGGCCAGACUCUGGAGCGCCGGAGGACGAGCUUCCUAGACGGGACCCUGCGUCGAGGGUUGAAGACGGGCUCCAUGAAGAAGCAGCGCAUGGAGGAGGAGCAGAUGCUGGAGAUGUGGAUAAAGGAGGAGAUGUCUGCCACCAGGGCCAGCAUCGUGGAGAAGUGGUCUCGCUUCAAAGGCCUGGACCAGCACCAGGCCAUGCUCAAGUACAUGACUAUUAUCAAAGAGUGGCCCGGCUAUGGAUCCACACUGUUUGAUGUGGAGUGUAAAGAAGGAGGCUUCCCUCAUGACCUGUGGUUAAGUGUGAGUGCUGAGAACGUGUCUGUCUACAAGAGAGGAGAGCCCAAACCUCUGGAGACCUUCCCGUACGAGCACAUCAUUUUCUUCGGUGCUCCACAGCCCUGCACUUACAAGAUUACCGUGGAUGAAAGAGAGAUGUUCUUUGAAACACCUCAGGUUGGAGAGAUCACGAAGAUCAUGAAAGCCUACAUAAACAUGAUUGUAAAAAAGCGGUGCAGUGUGAAGUCUGUUUCCAGUUACGGCACUAACUGGAUCAGGUGAUUGACUGGACACAGUUCAGUCUCAGCACCAGGACGCCUGCCCAGGACGUAGACAUGAGAGGAGGAACGAAUCGCCUCGACACACAGAGUGUUUCAGAGCUUUUGACUGACUUGAAAAGUUACACAGACUGAGUCCAUCCAAAAAGAUUCCUUUCAAAGGAGACAGAAAGAAACGUGUUAUUCCUUUACUGCUAAUGGUAAAAAGUGGGAACAUUGUUGCAUCUGAACCAUUUUAAGCUUUAUUGCUUUUCUGAGUGUUGUUUUCCUCAAUGCAAUCUAUAUUUUACUGAUAUGUUACACUGGUCAUUUCUCAUACGCUACUUGAAAUGUACUUCAGGUGUCUUUUUAUGGAUUUUUUUUUAACCUUUGGUAUGACAUGAGAAGGUGUGCAAGUUCUUUCUCUACCAUAAGCUACAUCACAAUUGAAAAUACAAUUGAAACGUGAAUUCCGUUUAAUUUUGACAGGAAUCUAUUUCUUUUAAGCCCACUUCCCAGAAGACGAAGAAAUAUGCUGCAAAAAUCCUUUAAGAGAAUUGUCAUUUUUCUGCAGGUUUUUUCUGCAGAGUAAUGCGGCCCAUUUUAAUGAAUGUUUUCCUGAAUGGAGAUUCCCUCAGGUUGUGUGUAAUUUAUAAAUGUCAUCAUACCAGGGAGAUGAUCUCCUGUUCCUUGCCUUAUUUCAAUUCUUAUUUUAGGUGUUUUAGAGUAAGAGUGUCAGUGCAGAUGUGGCCUUUCAGGAAUUGUCAGUGUUGAGAAACCCAGUUAAAUGUGCCACAAAAGCACAUUCCAUGAGGAAGAGAAUGCCUUUUUUUAAUAGUCAAGUAAAUGCAGCAAACUAAUGAGAUCAAGGUGAAUAACCACUGCAUCAGCAGAGAUGCAACAUCUGUAACCACUUCAGUAAAGUUUUCUCAAAAGGCACAGCUUACUAAAUUCAGUUAAACUAUCUGUACUCCUCUGCUAGAACAAAUAUUCUGCGUGUUCUGAGUUAGGUAUGUUGAAACUCCUUUUGUACCUGUUCAAGGAUGAGUUUUGAGAGCAGUCGUGAUAUUGCUUGUUUGAUGGGUGUCUGUCUAAAGAGUGUUUUUAUUGUGUGUGUUUUUCUCAGUGAUGACAAAGGCCAUGUGUGGGUGGGGUAUUUAUUUAAUGAAGUAUCAGUGAAUUUGUUGAGGUUAACAGACUCAGAGGGUGGAACAGUGUGCUGGAAAUGUAAAAAUGUAAUUUUGCUUGUACUUUUGUUUUUCUAUUAUUUGUGUAUUCAGGGACACACAAUUUAUGCAAUUCAGAAAUAGACAACUUGUUCAUAAGUUAAUAUGGAUUGUUUCCAUUUUGUGCUGUUUCUGAGAUUUUGUCAAAGUUAAAUUAACCUAGAUGUGUUGCCCUUAACACCAAACAGGCCCAGUUUUUUCAUUGUCAUGUUUUCAUGCUAAUCCAAGGUUGUUUCAUAUUCUCAGCCAAUGUCAAAGAUUUGAACUAAUGCCAAUUAAUCUUCAGUAUAGUCCACAGUGAGAUAUGAUCCAAAUAGAUUACAUUUUGAGCUUAGUAUUUACCUCACAUUGCAUUACACACAUUGCGUCUUCCAUUAUUCUCAUACAUACACACAAAAGGCUAUCUGGUCAGCUGCCGGCGGCCACACCAGAGACUGAUCUUGCCAUCGAUGAUGACUGUAUUUCUGAUUGUUUUGAAGGAAAAAAAAGUCAGAAAAUGUUUUAUAUCAGAAUUUAAAGAUGCUUUAAUAAAUUAUUGUAUUUCAA